UUCCCUCCAAACUCUCUGUAAACCACGCCCACCGGAUGCACCUACAUUUCCCCGGGAAAACUCAGCUGCUACAGAAGAAGAGAGUUUAUUGAAGUCGAUGAAGUGUCGGCGAAGCAAUGGCGAAAAUAACAGAGACACUUUUACUGGAGAAAGGAUCCCCAAAAACCAACAAACUGGAGCAAAUCAAGACACUGAAUUUAUCCCGGCUGGGACUGAAGCCUCAGGACUUGCCGGUGAGGCUCCUGUCCCAGCUCCGGUCCCUGGAGCGGUUGGAUCUCUCUGGGAACAAACUGGAGGAGUUGCCUAAGAACCUGGAGCUGCCCGCACUUUGCUACCUGGACCUUAGCGACAACCAGCUGGAGGAUGUUACCACUCUGGAGUCUCUCAGCAGUCUGGAAGAGCUCAAGAUGGAGGACAACCUUUACAUCACUGUGAGUGAUAAUUACAAGCUGAUGGUGUUGUUGCCCAAACUGAGGAUUCAUAACGGUAAAGAUGUCAGCACUACUGCCAACCACUUGCGCUAUGUCUACAUUGAGAACCUGAGGACAAGGAUAAUUGCAGUGUGGGAGAAGAACUUCUCUCUCCCGGAUCCCAUCACAGCGGAGAAACUGUCGACCUUGAAAAAAAACUUUGUCAACAUUGCCCGUCAGCAGGUUCGAUACGGACCCAGUUCAGUCAGUGACUUCACCAAAUGGAAGGUGGAGAUUAUUGCUAAGGAGUAUCUGCGCUCUCUGACAGAACCAAAGGGAGAACCGGAAACCAAGGGGUCUCCAGACACAAAGGAGAACUAUGACGAAUCAACGUCUACAAAGAGGAAACAAACCGCACUAGUUGACGCCAGCAUAAGCCUGACGCCUCGCAAGAAACCGCGCUCCGAUCUUCCAGUCUCCCCAGCUGAAGCGAGUCCUCGCAAAUCUAGCCUUAGCUGCCAACUUCCGACGCCGAGUCAGACCAGCACCAUCAGGAUGAGCCCCCGCAAGAUAAGUCGGCCUCCCGCCACCCCCACCAGAGGGCAGGUGAGGGUAGAGACGCAGGGGAGAGGAUCAAAAGUGCAACCAAGCAAACAGGAGGACGAAGCUCAGAUACAACGGAAUAACCGAACAGACCGGCAGAGAGACGCUGACUUGCUGUCCUCAAUGAAGAGCUGCAGCAAGACGCAGCAGCCGGUGUGUCUGAAGCCUCUCCACGUCCUCCAGUGCCACAGUAAACAGGACAGCUCGGAAGACUUCUCUACCCAGCUGUGGGCCUGUGCUUUUCAGCCGCUGCCUGAUUCCACUGGCGCUGGAGGAGGAAGCCGUCUGGUUGCUACCUGUGGCGGAGACUCUCUCUGUGUAAUUGACUGUGAAACCGGGAUGGUGAUGAAGAAGUACAAAGUUCCUGGAGAGGAGUUCUUCUCCCUCUCCUGGUCCACGGUGUUGAUGUCCAGAGGAGGCGGGGCCUCGGCUCAACACUGCAGCAUUGUGGCAGCAGGUGGGAAGAGGGGACUGGUCAAACUGAUCCACCCUAGAAACAACGUGGCCUACGGGGAGUUCCGGGCCAGCCGUAAGGCGCUGUCGGUCCUCCGCUUCAACCACCACCAGGGAAACUUCCUCUUCACGGGCUCAUAUGACAAGAAGAUUGUUAUGUGGGACAUCGGUGGAGUGGAUAGCAACUACAACUACAAAGUAGUUCAGCUGCUUGUGUUGGAGAGCAGCACCACCCCUCUGCACAUCUGCCUCCCCCCCACGUCUCCCAGCUCCAACCUUCUGACUGCCUGUGAGGACGGCCUGCACUGCUACAACACAGUACUCGGCACAAACAACACCACAAAGAGGACCAAAGAGAUGGAAAUAACAUUUCCUAUAUAUAAGAAGGAAGACAAAGACCAUGACUACCAUACCGUUGAUGGCCUUAGUUUUCUUACGGAUGACAUCGUGGCCUCAAAGAACUACAUGCAUUGUUCCAUUUAUUUGUGGAGCUGGAGCAGGACAAAGGCCCAGCGGCCAGACAAGAAGGACAGGACAGUUUGUGCUGUGGUUCUGGCUGAGCUGCAGUGGGCCAACACUGAGAUUCCCUACCUGGCUCUCAACACCUGCCCAGGCCGUGCCUACAUAGUGUGUGGCGAUGACAAAGGCAGGCUGUGGACAUACCACGUCUCCAACUUGCAGAAAAACAGUCUCCACACAGGGAAACCCAUACUUCCCACUGAGGUGUUGGAGUGGCUGACCCCGGUGAGGAAGGACCACGGCCAGCUGGAGGGCCCCUCCAUCAACAGCGUAGCAAUGGACCCUGAGCUCAACUUCCUGGUGGCUCUCAGUGACAAGAAUAUGGUGAUCGUGUGGAAGAGAGAGGAAUCCUCCUGAGCAACUCGGACUGUGUGGCUGAAACUCAUGAUUGGAAGUCAGGUGUUUUUGAUACAAAUCCUUCGGGGGUUUUCUAAUGGAAAGGAAUUUAGGUCAUUAUGAGCUAUGGUUUGUUUCCGGUAACGCCAACAUGCUGCUCGGUCUGUUUAGGGGAAAAGUGACUUAUGUUGUGAGAUCAACAGUAAGAUCUAACCCCAACACCUCAUUAGAGUAAUAUGUGUGGCCUAAAGAAUUAACCGUUUUAAUUAGCAGAAUUUUAUCCUAAUGUACAUCAAUAUUGCUGCUGUUGGGAAUAGUAACCAACAGAAGAGAUGUCACACAACUCUUUCAUUUUGUAUGUAGUUGUGUAUCUCGAAGAUUUUUAUUUACAUUUUUAAAUACAUGUUGAGUCAAUAUUCCCGAAUGAGCAGACAGCAGAUUACAGUUAUUUCUGGAAAGUGACAUCUGAAAACUCACCUGCAAUUACUGCUUAUUGCCAUAGGUGCUGCCAAAUGGAACAAAAUUGUAUUAUUUUAUAUUGUAGCUAUAAAAUAUAGAGCAUAUAAAAAAAGUGUGUUUUAAGUGUGUGCCUUCCUGUUAAAUAAACAUAAACUUUGAA